CAAAAAAGCUCUUCUCCCUUAACCCCGUCCAUUAUUUGCACUUCAUAGUCGAUAAUGCUAGUCUCAGAGACCCUCAAGCCACCACCAAGAAGAAGAAUGUCCAGCCUAUUCUUCUUGUCAUCCAACAAAUCCCUCUCUUCUUCUCAUGAUCACUAUACACUUUCAAGCUCUUUCGCUGGUGCGACUCCUAGCCGCACCUUCUCCCUGUCGAUGCUGGAGGAAAACAUCGAAAAUGCCGAGGCCAUCAUCACCAAAUGGGAUCCAAGUUCCUCCUCGUACACCAAGGUCACCUUUAUCUUCCAGCAAAGCAGGAAAGAAGCCAAAGAGUUCCUCAAGGCCGUCAAAGACUUGCGUAGAGCUAUGCAUGCUCUACUAGGUGAAAGGUUUCCAUCCAGCAAGCUUGUGCUCGCUCAAAAUCUAAUGCAAGUGGCAAUGAGAAGGCUUGAGAAAGAGUUUUACCAGAUACUGUCUGCAAGCCGUGAUCAACUUGACCCCGAGUCAGUUUCAAAUCGAUCCUCAAGCAGAUCAUGCAAAUCUUAUGAUGAAGAAGAGGGUGAGGUCCGAUCAGAUGACGAGCUGGAUAUUGCUGCCGAGUCAAUCACAGAGGUUGAGAGAGUCUCAGUACUUGCCAUGUCAGAUCUGAAGUCCAUAGCUGAUUGUAUGAUCGGUUCUGGCUAUGGUAAAGAGUGUGAGAAGAUAUACAGGGUAAUCCGAAAGUCAAUGAUCGACGAGGGACUAUAUCACCUUGGAAUCCAAAGGUUCAAGUCUUCUCACAUUAAUAAGAAGGAUUCUGAAGCACUCGACAAUGAAAUCAAAAAAUGGAUGAAGGCUGCAAAGAUUGCUGUGAAGACACUUUUUCAGGGAGAGAAAAUUCUAUGUGAUCAUGUGUUUUCAGCAUCCGAGACCAUCUCAGAGUCAUGCUUCUAUGAGAUAACCAAAGAGGGAGCAAGCAUCCUAUUCAGUUUUCCUGAACUCAUCGUGAAGACCAAGAAAGUUCCAGAAAGAAUUUUCGGGCUAAUGGAACUCCAUAAAGCAGUCUCUGAUCUUUGGCCGGAAACUGAAUCAGUAUUCAGUUCUGAAUCAACAUCAGCUAUCAAACUACAAGCUCUUUCAUUAUUGCUCAAACUCGGAGAUUGUGUUCGUUCUAUUCUUUCCGAUUUUGAAUCAACAAUUCAAAAGUACUCUACAAAAGUUCUAGUCCCCGGAGGAGGGGUUCACCCACUUACUCCAAAAGUGAUGAACUAUAUAGCCUCACUAGCAGACUACAGUAUAAUUCUCUUUGAUAUUCUUGCUGAUUAUCCACCACCAACAAACUCUUCAUUUCACGAGACCUUCAAGAGCCCAAUAUCAGAAAUUUCAACACCAGCAGUGUCAGUCCACCUAGCUUGGCUCAUCUUAGUUCUUUUGUGCAAGCUUGACAUUACAGCUGAGAUUUACAAAGAUGUGGGUUUGGCGUAUCUCUUCCUUUCCAACAAUCUUCAUUACAUUGUUGAGAAGGUGCAGCAUUCAGCCAACUUGAAACUCCUCCUGGGUGAAGAUUGGGUAGUUGAACACACGAAGAAAGCUAAACUAUAUGCUUCAACCUACGAGACCACAGCCUGGUCAAAGGUUCUAUCAUCAUUACCAGAGAAGUCAUUCGAAAUGUCUACUGAGAUGGCAAAGGAGUGUUUUAAAAGGUUCAACAUAGCUUUUGAAGAGGCAUAUAGGAAACAAACAUCUUGGAUCGUAGAGGACAGGAAGUUAAGCGAUGACUUGAAGGUGUCCAUAGCACAGAAACUAGUACCAACAUAUCAAGAAUUUUACGACACAUACUUGGUGACGCUGACUGAGGAGAAAAAUUUGGAGUUGCUUCUAAGAUUUUCUCCUGAUGACUUGGGCAAUUACUUGUCGGAUUUGUUCCACGGGACUUCUACAUCAGUCACUCCUACAACAUCUUCAUCGUUUCCUCCACGGAGCUGCCUCCCUCUGAGAUGAUUUGAGACUACUACAAAUCAAACUGAACUAUUUUUGAUGGCUAGUGAAGAUAGUGAGAAUAAGAGCAGCCAAACUUCCUCAAACUAUAAAGUUUAAAUACAUGUAUGAUUGUAUGAUCAGAGAAUCCAGUCGAGUAAUGAUGAAUGACAUCAUUAUAUACUACUAUCUCUUCAGACCCA